AUGACUCCCACCUGCAGCCGAUCUCCUUGCAGAUUUGACCAGCAACAGUCCCCUGAUCCUCCUUUCACUCAGCUUCAUUCCACCAUGUCCAAAGCACCCCUUCUGCUGCUGUGUCUUGCCCUGGUGCUACCUGAGCAUAUGCACAGAGCCAUGCUGAGAAAUGAAGACAAAUGGAAGUCACUCAACAACCCCAGAAACCGAGACCGGUUUUUCAGAAGCUUUCAGGCAUAUUUUAAGGGUAGAGGUCUUGCUCUUGAGAGGUUUUCAGAUACUUUCUCCAUCAGUGAGAAUCCCAGACCUCUCUCUUUCCCAUUAGAACUUAUUGCUUCUGCAUUUGUAGAUUACGAAGAACAGAAAAAUUCAUUUCCCAAUAACCUCAACAGCUGA